AUGGAGAGCAGAAGCUUGGAAACAGAUGGGAGGGAGAAGGUGGUGGCCGUGGCUGUUGACGGGAAUAAGAGCAGCAUCUAUGCAUUGAAAUGGGCCAUCACUCAUAUUGUCACCAGGCACGAGACCCUCCGCCUUCUCCAUGUCAAAGAUCGAUACCUCUCAGAUCAAGAGCAGAGCCCAGAUGCUCAAAUCUCUGAGAUGAUGCUUCCCCUCAGAUGUUACUGCCAGCGCAAAGAAGUUAAUUGCGAGACUGUAGUAUUGGAGGAUAACGAUGUAGCCAAAGCAAUAGUAGAGUACAUUGGCCAUUUUGGUGUCAAGAUUCUGAUGCUAGGCACGCCAAGCAAAAGCGGUAUUUCCAGACUGUUUAGGAGUACAGAUAUACCAAGCACGGUAAUGAAAUGGGCACCCGAUUACUGCACCGUCUACGUUAUAGCCAAAGGAAAGAUCAGCUCUGUCCGGAAUUCUUCUCGCUCCAUUCCAUCGCCACAUCUUCCUCCGCUUUCUUCUUCUCCUAGUACUGCAAUAUAUCCCAGUUUAACCCCUUCUGAAACCCCGUCAAUAAAGCGAGUGAACGGAAGAUCAUACGACAACCUGGACUACGACCGCCUCCUUGCUGGAAUAUCAGACGCUCGGUUAAGCAUUGAUCAGAGCAACUCCCUCACGUUCUACGAUACCGUCCAGGAUUCUUCCAGGACGUCAAGGGCUGGCAGGGCUGACGUGCCCUGGGAAGCUUCUAGGACUUCAUCCUACGUCGACUGCAGAGAAGACUUUGAACCCUCCAUGACAUCCGGCUUUCGGUUGUCUAAUGGGUCUAACUCCACCUCGGCUGACGAACGGGGCUCUUGGGACUCGGAAGAUUACGAGCGCCAAAUGAAAAGACUGGAGACAGAGCUGAAGCAGACGAUGGAUAUGUACCACGCAGCUUGCAAAGAAGCACUUGCAGCAAAGCGGAAAGCUAUGGAAGUUGAGAAAUGGAAGGUGAGGGAGGAGCAGAGGAUAGAGGAAGCGCAGGUGUUAGAACAGAAGGUAGGGCUGAUUGUGGAGAAGGAGAAAGAAAGAAUCACAAUAGAAGCAAAUGAAGCAGCUCAGAGGUUUGUAGAAGCUGAAGUGGAGAAGAGGGUUAAGGCAGAGAUAGAUGCCAUUACAGGAUUUGAAGAGAUGCAGGCCGAUCUUAAAGGUUUAGAUUGCGUAGGACAGUCCCUAUUACUUCUCAAAUACAAAAGCUUGUAUCAUAUUGUGUCAGUUUUAUUCCUGUUUUAUUUUUUAUUCUCUGUCUCCAAUUAG